UUGGAAAAAUCCGAGUGGGAAUGGCGCUGACUCAGGCAAAGCCAGUUCGCAGUGGUGAAGGUGGGAGGAGCCUGUAACCAGCCGGAGCCACAGGCUUGGAGCGAUGAGAAGCAUCAGAUGUAGCUCCUGAGAGGAAGUGAAGUCCGACGAGGGUCCAUCGCAAUGACUUCCCGGCCAUCUUUCCCUCCGGAUGACUUCGGGGCCUACUACGUCCUUGCAGAGUGCACGGAUCACAAGGACACCCCUGCACUCAGUGAGGCUGAUGAGAACCAGUCCCACAUCGAGGGUGUGACCGGCCUGCGCAACCUGGGCAACACCUGCUACAUGAACGCCAUCUUGCAGUGUCUCUGCAGCAUCUCGCCGCUGGUGGAGUACUUCCUGUCCGGGAAAUACAUGACCGCUCUGCAAAAGGACUGCAGUGAGGUUGCCACUGCUUUUGCCUACCUGAUGACAGACAUGUGGCUUGGAGACUCCGACUGCGUCUCCCCAGAAAUAUUUCGGUCGGCUCUUGGCAACCUCUACCCGGAAUUUAUGAAAAAGACACAACAGGAUGCUCAGGAAUUUUUGAUUUAUGUCCUAAACGAACUUCACGAAGCUCUGAAAACAUACCACCGGAAGAGAUCCUAUGAGAAGCGAUCCACCCAGCAGUGCUGCAGGAAGGUCAUUGCGAGCGAGACGUCCAUCAUCACGCAGCUGUUUGAAGGGCAGCUCCGCUACGACAUCGUGUGUUUAAAGUGUGACAACUGUGCCCACAAGAACGAGGUCUUCUCCAUCCUCUCCCUGCCCAUUCCAUCCGAUUACGAGUGCUCCCUUCAGCAGGACUGUCUCCAGUGUUUUUUUCAACAAGACACACUGACCUGGAACAACCAGAUGCACUGUUCCCUUUGUGACACCAUGCAAGAAACAGCUGUGAGGGCCAGCAUUUCCAAAGCACCAAAAGUAGUUAUUUUUCACUUAAAAAGGUUCGACAUUCAGGGUAUGACAAAAAGGAAACUGAGGACGGAUAUUCAUUACCCACUCACUAACUUGGACCUCACUCCUUACAUCUGUCCAGUUGCCCGGAAGCACCCGAAAUACAGCCUCUGUGCAGUGGUGAACCACUUUGGUGAUCUGGAUGGCGGCCACUACACUGCUUUCUGCAAGAACUCAGUUACUCAGGCCUGGUACAGCUUUGAUGACACACGAGUCAGUGAGAUUCCAGACUCUUCCGUCCAAACUGCUACAGCAUAUCUUCUGUUCUACAGCUGCCAGCCUUUGUCAAUACCUACGAAAAAAUGCAAGCCCUAGGAAAAUGGUAUUUCACAAAAACUGCAAAACAAGCAAACAGAAACCGAUCUUCAUGGAGACCAUCCAUUAGGAAGAGGAGCAGUUCUUGGGAAUCUUG